AUGGCGCCCACCGUGGCCGUCGUGGGCGGCGGCAUCAGCGGCCGCCUGGCCGCCUGCUACCACCUGGUGCGCGCCCCCCGCCCGCCCAAGGUGGUGCUGCUGGAGGCCAGCGGCCGUUGGGGGUGGCUGCAGAGCACCGGGACCCCCGAGGGCGCCGUGUUCGAGGCACGGCCCCAGGGCGUCCGGCCCGGGGGCGCGGCGGGGGCGGCGACGCUGCGCAUGUACCCCGGGGGUCGUGUGUCGGAGCUGGGGCUGGCCGGUGACGUUCUGCCCGUGCCCGGCGAUCACCCCGCGUCCCGCAACCGCUUCCUGUACCUGGGGGGGGCGCUGCACCCGCUGCCGCAGGGCCUGCGGGGGCUGCUCCGGGCCGUGCCCCCCUUCUCGCGGGCGCUGCUCUGGAGCGCGCUCCAGGACCUGCUGACCCCCGCGGGGACGGCGCCGGACGAGAGCGCGCACGACUUCGCCCGGCGCCGCUUCGGGCGCGAGGUGGCAGAGGUGGCAGUGGACAGCCUGUGUCGCGGGGUCUUUGCCGGUGACAGUCGCGCUCUCAGUGUCCGUUCCUGUUUCCCUGCGCUCUUCUGCGCCGAGCGCCGCCGCGGCUCCGUGCUGCUGGGGCUGGCCCUGGGACACGGUGGGGACACUGGGGACACCGCGGGGCUGGCGCUGCGGGCUCGCGCCGAGCGCUGGAGCCAGUGGUCGCUGCGGGGGGGGAUGGAGACGCUGCCGCGGGCCCUGGUGGCCUUCGUGUCACCGCGCGGGGCCGAGCUGCGCUGCCGCGCGCCCCUGACGCACCUGAGCCGCCGCCGCGGGCGCUGGCAGCUCACCUUGCCGGACGCUUCCAUCACCGCUGACCACGUUCUCAGCGCCCUCCCUGCCGCAGCCCUGGCGCGGGCGCUGCCGGCCGAGCUGGAGCCGCUGGCGCGGGAGCUCCGCGGCAUCGCCGCCGCCUCGGUGGCCGUGGUCAAUCUGCAGUACGAGGGGGCGGCGCUGCCCGUCACGGGCUUCGGGCACCUGGUGCCGUCCUCCGAGGCCGCGCUCCUGGGCAUCGUCUACGACUCGGUGGCGUUCCCGGAGCACGACGGGACCCCCGCGACCCCCGGGAGCCCCGGGCUGCGGCUCACGGUGAUGCUGGGCGGCGCCUGGUUCCGCCAGACCCUCGGGGACCCGGCCGCCGUGGCCCCGGAGCUGCUGCUGCGCCGGGCGCGAGCGGCCGUGCGCGACCACCUGGGGCUGGCCGGGACCCCCGCCCGCGCCAUGGUCAGGGUGCAGCAGGACUGCAUCCCCCAGUACACGCUGGGACACUGGGAGCGCCUAGAGCGGAUCCAGCGCUUCCUGGAGGAGCAGCAGCUGCCCCUGAGCCUCAUCGGUGCCUCCUACUCGGGGGUCUCGGUCAACGACUGCAUCGCCGGCGCCGAGGCGGCCGUGGGGAGGAUUUUGGGGUCCCUCCCCGAGCCCUGAAACCCCCCUCCCGCCCCAGCUUUGUCACCAGCGUAGAACAGAGCGGAUUUAUUUUCCUUUUUUUUUUUUUUUUUUUAAUUGAAAAAAACCCCCUUUAGAAAGGUGCAAGGGAGCGGCUCAUAAAUACAAUAAAUACCCGCGCGCCCGACUCGGGGACCCCCCCAAAAAAAACCCCCCAAAAAAC